AUGGCCGUCGAUUUUAAUAAAACAGGAGUACCUGUGACCGAUCUAUUACCGUCUAUACCGGUAUAUCCCGAUUUUAUGGAAAAUAAUCGUAAACGUUCAUAUCCUUCCCAGAAGGUUCUCGGAAAAUUAUAUCGAAAAAUAAUACUCGAUAAGCCUGAUGAAGAUCCUCUUCUCAAUUACAAGACUAACGACGGGAUAAAGCCGACACGUGAUUUUUACGUCGAAGGGUUUAAAGAAUAUCUGGAAGAAGCUAUUAUCCAAAGGGAUGCAUAUAAUUCCGAGAUAAGAACUUUAAUGAAGAAAUACAGUAUAGAAACAGAACCGGAGAUUGUUACGUCAAACAUUCUCGGUCAUCGUCGCAUAAAUGGACGAAAAAGACAGGAUAUUCGUGAAACAAUUUCAGGUGCAAUAUCAGUCAUUAUACAUAAUUUUCGCAAAAUUUUUUUGAUGGAGUUAGGAGGAAGUGAGAAUACCGAAACAUCAGAUGAAGAUCAUUUCAGUUAUCACGUUGUAAUACCCAUAAACGAAGAAACUAAGGUGAAGGCGUCGGCAUGGUAUAUGGUUACCUACGAUAAGACAUUUGACAAAGAUGAUGUCGACUCAAGUGAAACAAGGCUUCUAAGUUUUCCAUGGGUGGUUGCGGACAUUCUUUUAGCGAUUAGAUCUGAAAAUAAAAACAAAG